AUGGAAGGCUUCUUCACGGCUAUUAUUGACGAAUUCCCGACGGUGAUCCGUAGACGAAAGUACGGACGAGAGAUAUUCGUUGGGCUCAUAUGCUUGAUAUCCUAUUUAAUUGGGCUCAGCACUGUUACAAGGGGUGGCUUCUAUGUGUUCCAGCUGUUCGAUUUCUAUGCCGCUUCCGGAUGGGCACUUCUGUGGUUGUUGUUCUUCGAAUGCAUUGCCAUCUCUUGGUGUGUAGGGAUUAAUCGUUGGUAUGAACAUAUGAAAAGUAUGAUUGGCUACUAUCCAAGUCGAUGGUGGAAAUUUUGCUGGGUGUUCGCAACUCCAGCAGUUUGCAUGGUGCGUUUCCUAAAUUCUUCUUGA